AAUAAAACAAUAUAGAGUACCAAGCAACAAUAAUAGUGUUCCUUUCUCCCUAUAGCUACUUAACCAAAUAACCUCUCAAAGUUUCUACAAAGACCCUAUUUAGAACUAAAAGCUUUCAUCAAGAAAGAUUAUAUAGAAAGAGAAGGAAAAUAAAAAGAAGAAAAUUAUUUCUCUCUUUUUUAGAAAAAAAGGAAGGUAUGAAUAGAAGUGUUAAUCUUCAAAGCUCACCGGUGCAACAAAUGAUGGCCGGAAACCCUAACAACUGGUGGAACAUCAAUAGUACCAUUCCUACAACUGAUCAUCAUCAUCACCAACCUAAUUUCUUCUCCACACCAUCUUCCAAUAAUUACUUUAUGACUACUCCAUAUGCAUCUUCUCUUCCUUCUUGCCAUGAAAAUCAAGAACUUCCUGACUCAUGGAGUCAACUACUCAUGAGUGGCAUGGUGUAUGAAGAAGAUAAGGGUAGUAUGUGCCAGGCUCUAAAUGCUUCUCUUGUUGAUGUUAAACAAGAAAGCUCAGUGAACAACUAUGUCUAUGGAAAUGAAGAAUUUAAUCCUAUUAAUUGGUCUCAAAUAGUGCCUUCUUCUUCUUCUUCCUCAAAAUCAUGUGCAACAAGUUUCACCACCAACAUGUUGGAUUUCUCUAACAAUAAAAUGGAUACAAGAUCUCCACCGUCAGAUCCAUCUUCAGAGUGCAACAGCAGUGGAGGUGGUGGGGCAUUGAAGAAAGCUAGGGUUCAACAAUCUACAACUCAGUCUACCUUCAAGGUUAGGAAGGAAAAGUUAGGUGACAGAAUUACAGCCCUUCAUCAACUCGUUUCCCCAUUUGGAAAGACUGACACAGCAUCUGUCUUAUUAGAAUCUAUUGGUUAUAUCAGAUUCCUUCAGAGUCAAAUUGAGGCACUUAGCUUACCAUACUUGGGAAAUGGAUCAGGGAACAUGAGGCAGCAACAAAAAUGUGUUCAAGGAGAAAAGAAUUGUAUAUUCCCUGAAGAUCCUGGUCAGUUGCUGAAUGAAAAGUGUUUGAAGAGAAAGGCAGCUAGUGAGCAGGAAUGUGAAGAAGAAAAGAAGGACCUGAGGAGUAGAGGACUGUGUUUAGUUCCAGUGUCAUGCACACUCCAAGUUGGAAGUGAGAAUGGAGCAGAUUAUUGGGCUCCAGCUGCAUUUGGUGGUGGAUUUCAUUAGAUACUUUUAGUAGCAUACAAAGAGGCUAAUUAGUGGAAAUUUGUAUAAUAUCAUGAGCAGUCAAUCUGCUAUAUAUAAAAUAUCUAAGGCUGAUUGCUCAUGAUGCUAUGCAGGAUUCCAUCCUUAAUAAAAAUGCAUCUCUGCUCAUCACACUCCUUGUUAAUUAAGAAUCCUCAAAUUUAUGCAAAUAAUCAUGCUUUCAUUUCAAUGCUAAAACUUUUUUAGAACAGGAGAUAUAGGAUCAUUCAACCAAGUUAGUUAUUAGCAAUCAGCACUAACUUUUGAA